UAUUGAUAUAUCUUGUCAGAUGAUUAUCCAAUUUCUUCGUCCGACAUUCCCUCCUGCCUCUAACUACUUUCACCUCAUCAUUGUCCUCGCACAUGUCAUGGGGGGGCUCAAGGUGGGGCCGUCAAUUCUCCCGACCAAAAAUGGUGCACUUCACCAAGCGGGGUUAUUGCAUCGGCAGUUGACGCCUACCUAGGCAGGUGAGCCGGAAAGAUAAUUGAUCAUCGCUUACUAGUCGUAAAUAGAUCUCUUAAUGGACCUAGUUUCACAAGGUACCUCUCAUAUUAUUCUUUCAAUUGGGUCGCUGUAAAGCUGUUGCAGGUUGGGCAACUACCCAAAGAGAACAAUUCCCAUGUCUAUAGCAUCCAAAAAGAUGUGAAGAUAGGUCGAAACUACUCAAUGCAACUUCGAC